AGAGCAGAGAUAUGAGUCCUUCCAAAGUGCUGCUGUUGACCAUCAUUUGCCUGGUCUACCUGGCUACAUUCAGCUCGCCUGCUGUCUUAAGAAACAGAGCUGUUGUUCGAGAGAAGCGAGCAAUGCCAAACUGGAGCAUGUCUUCUUCUGAUUUCUAUGGCUGGGUGGAUGAACUCCGUAGACUGGCUGCUUACGACAAGACAAAUGAAAUGGCCAGGAUCUACUGGGCUCAUUUUCCGAUUGCAUCGUAUUUAGGUUAUGAGGAUCCUGAUGCUGAAGAAUAAUUUAAUCUCUGUUCUUAAUACUGUAUAUUACAUGCUGUCAGGAUAUUUAUGUUACCACUGCCUUAUUUUUAUUCUGUACUUACACAAAUGUAGUUGCUUUCUAAUCCUGAAAUGGCACAAUCAUAACAAGAUGCAAUGUAGGGAAGCAGCGGGGUUAUACAGGACUGCUACGAGAAGUAAAAACUGUAUACUGUGUGUAUAAAUUAUAGCAUUAUACAAUAUAUAUAAUCUGCAAGUAAACACUACAAGUAAAUAGGAAUUUGUCUAUGGCACUUUUAUAUGAUAUUAUGUGUUUAAGUACUUUUUCAUUAAUAAAAAG